AUGGCGGACUCCCCCAGUGCCGCCGCGGCUUCAGGCCCGGCCCAGUCUACAGCCAAAGGUGCCAAACCACAAAACCCAGCCAUGCGAAUGAUUGGAAUGCCAAACUUCCGUUUCAAACUUCCCUCCCGGAACUGGAUGAUCUUCCUCACGAUAACCGGCUCCUUUGCGACGGCCCUGAUCUAUGAUCGCCGAGAGAAAACACGUACACAACAAAAGUGGUGUGAUUUGGUGGCGCAUCUGUCGAAAGAAUCUCUUCCUGUCGACCAAACCCGCCGAAAGUUAACAGUGUAUCUGGCCGCUCCCCCUGGUGACGGGCUCCGCCCGGCGCGGGAUCACUUUAAGGAAUAUGUUAAGCCCAUCCUCGUUGCGGCGGCUCUGGACUACCACGUUAUCGAAGGAAGAAGGGAAGGUGAUGUGAGAGCCGUUCUAUCGGAACGAAUUCGCAAACUGAGAAGGAAAGCUGGGGAGCCGACGACUGUGGUGGAUGAGGCCAGCACCGAAGACGUUGUUGCCGAUGCAAGACGAAGAAUCGGUGUCACAGAUGAACCAGGACCAAAGGGAGAUCUGGUGAUUGGGCGCCAUACCUGGAAGGAAUAUGUCCGUGGCCUCCACGAGGGCUGGCUUGGACCUCUUGAUCCUCCACAACCGCCUGCUGAGCCUGUAGAUGCUCCUUCGCUCAAAGCAACAGAGACAAAUGCCUCUGCCGAUGGCACUCCCGCAGCAGAGAACCCCGAAAAGAGUGAGAUAGCGGAGAAGAAAGAAGAAAAACCGAAGCCCACCGGCCCGACUCCAGCUUAUAUCGCCACUGCGGAUUAUUCGUCGCAAAAUCUUCCACAAUCCAUUCCCCAGGCCUUUGACAGCUCUAUUCCCAUCACUUUUCCUCAUAUCCUAGGUUUCUUGAACACUCCGAUCAGACUCUAUCGAUACUUGAAUAAGCGCCACCUUGCUGAAGAGGUGGGACGAGAUGUUGCGGGUGUUGUUCUUGCCUCGAAUUCUAGACCCUAUCAUGAUAACUCCUUCAGCGCUGACUCUGAAUAUCAUGCGGCGAAUGUUGAUGCGACUCUGUCACCCGCUGGAAACUACGAACAACAGUCAAUCCUUAAAGAAGAAGAGCUGGAAUGGCACAAAUCGGUGCACAAGAAGGAUGAGUCCAACCCCGACAAAGAACGCGAAUGGAUCAACGAAGUUGUAUUAGAUCCUCGAAUUGCAUCUCGCAUGCAGCGUUUCGUCCUCUCUCCUGAAGAGGAGGCUCGCUCACAGCGAAUCCGCGAGGGAUCCGAGUACAUUAUCGGGGAAGAUCGACCUGCGCCUGUCCCGUUUUGGAAGCAUCUGUGGAUCAAAUAUGGUUAUGGAGAGGAUGAAGCGACCCUCCGGAGAAAGCCAAUUGUCGGAAACCUCGAUGAAGAGGACAGUCAGUGA